UAACCAACCCUACAGGUUGCAUAAGAGAGGGACAGUGGGAUUGGGAAAUUUUUGCCGUAUGGAGGUGGACAAAGAAGACACAGAAGGAGGAUUGCAAAAUCAAAAACCUAACCCUAAUCAGAGCGAAGGAUCAAAAGGAAAGUCAUGCAAGGGAUGUCUCUACUACUCAUCGCUACAAAAGUCCAAAUCCAAAAACCCCACCUGCGUUGGCUUCUCCCAGGCACUUCAAGUGCCGAGGUAUGUUGUCGGGGAAACUGAGUUGGAAGCUUCCAGAGAGGGCCGGAGUCUUGCAGAUUUCAAGUAUGCUUGUCUUGGUUACUCAGUGUAUGUGGACAAGAAGAACUCUUCAAGUGAUCAGCAGAAUAAACAAGCAGAAUUGCCGUUUUGUGUUGGGCUUGAGAUAUUGUUGGACAGAAGACCUGCAGAUCAUGCUCCUGCACAUGUUCCUAAAGAUGUUCAUGCUCUUCCUCAACCGCAAUCUCGGACCUACAAACCAGCUUAUCACACAGGAGAGGAGUACCUGAACAGGUUUAAAAGGAAUGCAGGCCUGGUAGCAUCAGGUGUGGCCAGGAAUGUGAAUAGAGUGUGCAUCUACGUCAAGGAGAGUUUGGAUGACAUUUUAUACCCUUACCGAAGGCGACCCAAGUAAGAUUUUUUUUAAUCACAGUUGCAAAAUAUACAUGAUUGCCGCCGGAUUUGGGAUUGUCCAAUUUUCCCAAUUUAAGUUAAAUUAUUUUGACAUCCUGUUCUGAGUAAUUAUACUUUUGUUGAGGAAGGAAUAUGAUGAUCUCUUUCACAGCAUUGUAACAAAUAAAUUAUGGUUUCACUAAAAAUUGUAUUUCUCGCUUGACAUUUGUGGUCGUAAUUUGUCUAAAUAUUCAUUAUAAGGCCGUUUUGACGACA